AUGCCCGCUCCGUCCGUCACUCGAGGACUCCCUCGAGAAGUCAGCACCACGCCCACGGCCAUCCUAGCCUCACCUGCGCCAGCGACUCCAGAAUACUUUCGAACGGCCUCUGCAAUUGAGAAUGUCACGAUUACACAAAAGCCCAUCCUCAGCAGCAAGGCUGAUCGGCUCAAGGAACAGGAACGCCUGUCCCUGCAACAGCGAAACUCAACACCUCCACCUUCGAUCCUGUCUCAACCGCCCGAGAACCAGGAGAACCUCUUCCCUGAGGCUACACCGCGGCCUUCUCUGAACCAGCCACGUAGCAGGGCAUUACGAACCGAUGAUAUCCAUCGCCCUCAUCAUCACCAUCAUCAUCAGCAGCAGUCAUUGAGCCUUGAUACCCAUACAUCCUCGGCUACUGCAUCUCUUUCACAGGGUGGUAGCUCAUCAGGCGCUGCAGCGGAGUCGUGCUCUGCGACUAAUCCACCCAAGGUCUUUACGGAUACCCAAUGGACAGUCGAGAAGUCGUACGGCGGCAAUAUUGGACUGCAGAACGCGGUCAAUUCGAUUGAGGGCCAACUCUCGAAGCGAAUCUGGAUUGGCACACUGGGCAUGGCGACCGAUAGCCUAACGGACCGCACGCGGGGCGAUAUCAAGGCGGAAUUGGCUCUAAACCACAGCUCAAUUCCGGUCUUUGUAAAUGACCAGGACUUUGAGGGCCAUUACCAUCAGUUUUGUAAGCAGGUGCUUUGGCCAAUCUUCCAUUACGUGCUGCCCGACAACUUGAGGAGCAAAGGGUACGAAGACGGGUCGUGGAAGCACUAUGUUGCUGUCAACAGGGCAUUUGCGGACACGAUCGUGGAAAAUUACAUGCAAGGUGACACAAUCUGGGUGAACGAUUACCAUCUGAUGCUAGUGCCGAACAUGGUCCGGGAGCGGCUCCCUGAUGCGUCGAUUGGAUUUUUUUUGCACAUUCCCUUUCCCAGCUCCGAGAUUUUCAAGUGUCUGCAUGCACGCAAGGAAGUGCUGGAGGGCCUUUUGGGCGCCGACUUGGUGGGGUUCCAAACCUACUCGUUUGCCCGGCAUUUCCUGCAGACUUGCUCUCGUCUGCUGGCUGUGGAGACCAACCCAAAAGGAAUUCAGCUUGAGAACACAGCUGUCAACGUUGGGAUCUUCCCUAUCGGUAUUGAUACAAACAAUCUAAACAUCAAGCGCCAGGAUCCCGAAGUAGCCAAAUGGGUGCAGGUGCUUCGUGAAAAGUAUGCUGGCAUGAAACUGAUUGUGGCACGCGACAAGCUGGACUAUAUCAAAGGCGUGCGACAAAAGAUGUUGGCGUUCGAGCGGUUCCUGAACCUAUACCCGGAAUACCAAGGCAAAAUCGUGUUGAUACAAGUCGCCUUGUCGACAUCCGAACAGAAUGAAGUUCAGGGUCAGGUAUCGGAUGUCGUGACAAGGAUCAAUUCCAAGUUCAGCGAUCUUUCCUAUCAGCCUAUUGUGUUCCUUCGGCAGGACAUCACGUUCAGUCAGUACCUUGGUCUUUUGACGGUCGCAGACCUGUGCCUUAUAACCUCUCUAAGAGACGGAAUGAACCUCACCUCCCACGAAUAUGUCGUCUGCCAGGAGGAGAACAAGAACCCACUCGUCCUUAGCGAGUUUGCAGGAACGUAUGGAAGUCUGGGAGCAUGCUUGCGCGUGAACCCGUGGAAUUAUACAGAGGUUGCAACCGCGAUUCAUGAUGCACUCGAGAUGAACGAGGGUGAGAAGGCAAUUCGGUGGAAUGAACUUCGGAAGCACGUUUGCACCAACACGGCCCAAUUUUGGGCGCAGGGAUUCAUCACUGAAUUAGUCAAGGUGCAUGGCGAUAUACAGAGACGGUACUCCAUCCACAUCCCGCUGCUCGAUAUGGCGGUCGUCUUGCCAAAGUACCGAGCCGCCAAUCGUAGAUUGCUAUUGCUGGACUAUGAUGGCACGCUAUUGCCAUAUGAGCGAAGUUCAGCUGUGAGGUCCAAAGGCAAGACAUCCAAGGAGGAAAUGAUCAAGGUGGUGAACGAGUUAGUCCAGGACCUAAAGAACACUGUAUACAUUAUGAGCGGUCGAACCAGGAGCAGCUUGGAGAGCACUUUCGGGGAGAUCCUGAGCCUCGGUCUCUGUGCUGAAGGCGGCUGCUUCUUGAAACAUCCUGGCAAAUCGAUCUGGGAGGAGCAGGUCCAACAAGGCAGCGAUAUGCAAUGGCGAAAGAAGGUCAUGGAGAUGUUUGAAUACUACAGGGAGAGGACUCCGGGAUCCGAGAUUGAAGAGAAAAGUGUACCGCUGGUUUGGCAUUACCGUCAAGCUGACAAUCCGAGCUACGGACUCUGGCAGGCUAGUGAGUGCCAGAACCAUAUCGAGGAAGCAAUUGGGUCCAUUUAUCCAGUGCAUGCCAUUGUUGGCCGAAAGUGCCUGGAGGUGAUGCCCCGCGAUGUGAGCAAGGCAUCUGCCACAAGGACUAUUGUCGAGAGCCUUGGCUUGAUACCAUCCUCUUUGAGCGAUCAGACAGAAGAUGUAGAACCCACCUCCUCCACCAUAUUAUCGAAUGGAAGUGCACAAAAUUUGGUGUUCCAGCCAAUCGAUUUUGUGCUAUGUGUGGGUGAUGAUCGGUCUGACGAGGACAUGUUCCAGUUUGUGAACGGGCUUGAGCUGGAUAAGGGUGCGGACAAGAACAUGGACGAUGACAACGAAUCGGGCGGCAGUAACGAACAGCAUCAAGUUGUCACCUGUACAGUUGGCUCCAAGAGCUCCGAGGCGCGGUGGUUUGUGCCUGGGGUGUCCUCAGUGCUGCAGGGUCUGCAGAUUUUGGCAGACUCUUCGUCGAUAGCAACGACUACGGCAGGCAUGGAUGCUGCUGGUGGUUCAGCGGCAUCAUAA